CUCAACCACCUCCUCCAUAACCUCGUCUACGUCCACAGCAUACUUCUCUGACUCGACAGUAUCCACCGGUGUGUCGAGCAUACUUAUCGACGAUGACUCUUCCAAGCGUGCCGAAUCUGAGAUUUCAGAAAUGAUCCACAGACUAAUCACCGGCGACGGCGUUCCCUACGAGCCCAAGAGCAUGGAAGUGCGCCGCAGCAGUCUCGCCAGUCUAGAAGAUGAAGAGGAUGAGAUGCUUUUUGCCACAGAAAUCGACACAUCCUCAGUACGGCAAUUGAGAGGUGGUAACAGUAAGGAUCUUGCCGAGUCCAAGCGCAGCUUGCUCACCAGCUCCAUUAUCAAACCAAAUAUUGGCGUGUCCUCGGCCAAUGCUUCCUCUUCAAGUGCAUCCACACUACAAGACCCUAUCCGUUCAGCGCUCGCUACCUCUUCUCCCGCGGCUUCUACUUCCUCAUCACCCUACUCAAACGCUCCAUCGCCGGUAUCCACUCCUUACUCUGCUACCACCGCCACAACUGCAGCAGCUACUCCGAUCCCUUCUCCGAAGCCAAACUAUCGCUAUCGCGGCUCUUCUGAACCUGCUUCUAUAACAAUUCCUGCCGAAAAGAACUCAUACGAAGAGGAUACUGAGGCUGAAUUCAUGCGUAACCGGGAGCUGUUGGUGCAGAAGGGGGUUUGCUCGACUACAGCGGGCAAGACCCAUCGUGCUCAUCCGUUUGGCAAAUCCAAUGCUGAUUCUGGUAUAAUUUUUGCUUCUGCCCUUACCUCUGGUACUCCAUCUGGUAGCACGACCCGUGCCGGACGCGUCUUUGGUGAGGACGAGGGAGACGAGAUGAUUUCAAGUACCACUUCGCAUGACGAGAUCCGAAGCAUGGAUAUUGAUAUUGAUGCCGAUAUCGAUGACAUCAACGGCAGCUCAGAAGCUCUGUUUGGUGAUCUUGACAGUCUAGGGGUUAAUAUCGAUGAUGACGAUCCGUUUACAUUCCUGGACGUCGGUGGAAAUGAGGUUGUCGAGAGUGUCUGUUAUUGAAUGGUGGCUAUAGAUUUAUGCUGGUAAAUGUCGUUUAUUGAUUUUCAUGGUUUGAGUUAUGUCUUUUGUUUUCUAGUUUUCUGUUUGCUUUUGUGUUGUUGCUCUACCUACAUUUUCAUAUCAUACUUCUUGUGCGCCUGUCUGGGUUUUGCUUUGUUUUUUUUAUCAUUCUUCAUUUACCGUGUAUGGAGGGGGAUAGGGGAAUUUUUUUUAUGUCAAGGAAAGGUCAUGUUAUUCAUUUUCUUUUGUUGCCUGAAUUUUGAUUUUUAUUUGUUGUUGAUCUGUCUUCAAUCCGUCUUUUCUGUUUUCUUCCUUUGAUUUCACCCUUUUGUUUGUUGUCCUGCAUGGUUUUGG